AUGAAUAAACGCCCAAAGCGAGGUGAAGCGUAUGAACCCACGAAUUACGAGCAUAUUGCGAAUGUCCUUUCUCACGGAAUAGCAAUAAUUCCUAGCAUAUACGGAACACAGUGGCUCACUGCAGUGUCAGAGCAGGAAUUGCAGCGAAAUGCUUCAAUUAUUUAUUGUUUCUUCACGACGGUGCUUUUUACGACAUCAACAACUUACCACGCGUGUGAAUUUCUUUUUCGCCCUAAUAGAAAGAAACUUCGCUACUAUCUUCAUAUCACCGAUCGUGCUGCCAUUUAUUUGUUUAUAGCAGCUUCGUAUACACCAUGGCUUGUACUAAAACAUUACAGUGAUGCAGGAUUCUGUUUGAGAUGGCUUGUUUGGCUUCUUGCUUUUUUGGGUGUUGUUUAUCAGUUUUUGUUCCAUGGAAAGUUCAAAACGCUUGAAACAGUUAUAUAUAUUGUUUUCGCUGUUAUGCCCUUUACUGCCAUGUACCAUAGAUACGAUGAGAGCGGGUUAACUUUAAUGGUUAUUGGAGGAAUUGUUUACAUUAUCGGUGUUGCAUUUUUCAAAUCAGACGGUAUUAUACCUUUUGCACACACGAUUUGGCAUCUUCAUGUUGUAGUUGGUAAAGUAUAA